GACCUGAAAUUCAAGCGUGCUGAGGACUACCCCAUCGACCUGUAUUACCUUAUGGACCUCUCCUUCUCCAUGAAAGAUAAUUUGGAAAACGUCAAGAACCUUGGCACUGACCUCAUGCAGGAAAUGCAGAAGAUUACCUCGGAUUUUAGGAUUGGUUUAGGCUUAAUUGUAGAGGAGCCUUACAUCAGCACCACGCCAGCCAGGCUCAGCAACCCCUGCACAGGGAACCAGAACUGUACCAGCCCCUUCAGCUAUAAGAAUGUAUUGAAGCUCACAGACAAGGGCGACGAGUUCAAUCGGUUGGUCAGUCAGCAGCAGAUCUCAGGAAACCUGGACUCUCCAGAGGGGGGCUUCGAUGCCAUCAUGCAGGUGGCGGUCUGUGAGGAGCAAAUCGGCUGGAGGAACGUGACUCGGCUGCUGGUGUUUUCCACCGAUGCUGGUUUCCACUUCGCUGGAGACGGCAAACUGGGCGGCAUCGUCCUGCCAAACGAUGGGAAGUGUCACCUGGAGAACAACAAGUACACCAUGAGCCACUACUAUGACUACCCCUCCAUUGCCCAUUUGGUUCAGAAACUGAGUGACCACAACAUCCAGACAAUCUUUGCUGUCACUGAGGAAUUCCAGCCUGUUUACAAGGAGCUAAAAAAUCUCAUCCCCAAAUCAGCUGUUGGCACGCUGUCCUCUAACUCCAGCAACGUGAUCAAACUCAUUAUUGAUGCUUACAAUUCUUUGUCAUCUGAGGUCAUUUUGGAAAACGGCCGACUUCCAGAGGGAGUUUCCAUCACAUAUAAGUCAAUCUGUAAGAACGGCGUGGAGGGGACAGGAGAGAACGGCAGGAAGUGCUCCAACAUCUCCAUCGGAGACGAGGUGCUUUUCAAGAUUUCCAUUGAAUCCCAGAAGUGUCCAUCACAUGGCAAGCCUGAGAUCAUAAAAAUUAAACCACUGGGCUUCACAGAGGAGGUGGAGGUAGUCCUGAACUUCAUCUGCGACUGUCAGUGCGCCGCAGAAGGAGAGCCCCAGAGUGAGAAGUGCGAUGAGGGCAACGGGACCUUCGAGUGUGGAGCCUGCAAGUGA